AUGGCCCCGGAUCAUUUCUAUGAGGAAUUAUCUCAAAACGAAGUGAGAAACGAAAGGCAGAGCCUUGCGAAAAGGAGACGUGGGAUUCAGGAGGUGUGCGUGAUUGACAGGGCCACCGCUCAAUAGGCGCGCGGCAGUCCCCCUCAGCUUUCCCACCCCUCUCCAUCCAUGGGCGGGGGUGGAACAAUGGGAAGAAAAGGAGAUGGAAGCAGGAAAAUGGCAGCGGCGGCUUUAGCGGCGUUUUCGGGGAGCGGCUGUUCGCGGCACGGUGCCGCGUCCACAGCCUGCUUCCUCGCGCUGCUCCUGCUUGCGGCGCUUUCGUCCCUGCUCCAGGUUUCAGCUGUGGAGGUAUACACGCCGUCAGACUUUCUUGUGGAGAAUGGGACUGAGGCAAAGCUUCCAUGCACUUUUACUUCCACAGAAGUAAUCAGCAGUUCAGCUUCUGUCUCCUGGAGUUUCCAAGGCGAGGGAUCCUCAUCUCCUGUCUCGUUCUUCUAUUAUUACAAUGGAAAAGCAUAUCUUGGAAAGAGUACACAAUUUGAUGACAGAAGCAACUGGGCUGGAGACCUUAACAGGAAAGAUGCAUCAAUCACUAUAGCAAACAUGCAAUUUCAGGACAAUGGAACCUAUAUCUGUGAUGUUAAAAACCCUCCAGAUAUAGUUGUUACACCAGGAAAAAUCAAAGUCAGGGUUAUGGAGAAAGGUAACUUGUCUGUAUUUCCUCUUACCCUUGUGUUAGGGGUAACCGGUGUUGGCAUUCUAGUUUUAGUUUUCGUCAUCAUGCUUAUUGUGUGUGUUAUGAUCAGAAAGAAGAAUUCCAAAAAGCAUUAUUCUGGCUGCAGUACUUCUGAGAGCUUGAUGUCUCCAGUUAAGCAGGCUCCACGGAAGUCCCCCUCCGACACAGAGGUUUUGGUAAACAGCGGGCCCAUCCGAUCUCAUCAGGGACCAGUAAUUUAUGCACAGUUAGAUCACUCUGGAGGGCGCUACAGUGACAAAAUCAACAAAUCCGAGUCUGUGGUCUAUGCUGAUAUUCGGAAGAACUGAGGAGAUUACAACCUAUCCAAAGCUUAACAAAAGUUCAAACUGGAAUCACUUGAAGAAAAUUGACCCAGAGAACUCAUAUGUGGCCUUUGAUGCCUAGGCUAAGACCAAUGCAUGUGCAUACAGAGAGAAAGAGAUUAUAUAUGAACUGUGUGUAAAUAGUCUAUUUAAUCAUACAGAAAUGAGAACAAUGUUGCAUGUUAAAAUAUGAUGAUAAUUCUGCUUAUAAAUGGCCAAUGGUUCAUUAUAUAUUUAGGAAAAGGGGAAAAAACAAACAUUCAUGUUACACCUUUAUGCAAUUUGUCAUUUGCUCUAUGGAAAAACUGGAAAUACUUGGAUAUUCUAAUGAAAUUGGUACUUUUUAUGUUACUUUUGAAAUGGACACAAGAACUACUUCUGCAUGAUUUCUCUUAAUAUUUUUGCAUUUUUUACAGAUCUAAUUUUUCAUACAACUUAUGUCUUCUUCCACUCUAAUGUCCUCCUUUUCCAGGAGAGGUAAUCUUUACCUGCUUUAGUUUUCAAUCUAAUGGAGGGGAAAUUUUUGUCUUCAAGGAAUUUACAGGCAAUCUCCCAUAAACAAUCUUUGAGACAUAUAAAAGUUUUAAUCAAGUAAUUUUUAUGGUGCAACAUUAACAAACAUCUUGAGAUUUUGUAUGGCUCUUUUCUCGUUUCAGCAACAAAGAUGAAACUCAGUUACCUCUUUGAGCAAAAAUAAGGUGCUAAUUUUGAUGUUCCUUUCUAUAAUCACAAUAGUCUACAUGUAAGAGUUACAAAAGGCUGGUUGAUGUUGCAGUUGCAAAAACAAAUGGCUACAAUUUAAUCUUUUAUGGCAUUUCAUGGAAGGUAUGAAUAAGGACAGUUUUACUGCCAUUAGUUCUUAAAUCUCAAAACUUAAAAUAACUGUAUGCAUCUCUACUGUGGAAGAAGUCUGUUCCACUGUCUUUCAUCUUUAUGAUGUUAUUCCUAUCAACUCUAAAUCUGCUCUCCCUCCCUCCCUCUACCUCAGUUUUUCAGGUAUACAUAUGCUAUUACGGCUUUUUUUCUAAAGUACUUUACAUGUCUACAAUAUCUGCUCAUAUCCAUCCCAGUAAUGGAGUCUCGGGGAGUGGACAAGAAAUGGUUGGCUGAUGCUGAAAUUUCUAUUUUACGGGGGGAAUGAGGAGGUUUAGAUGUUAAUAUGGAAGUUAUCUUUUCAAGAAUAUUCUAAUGGGAAGAUUUGCUUCUUUUGUUUGAACUCAUUGAACUUUACUGUGAAUGGUGUUAAAAUAUUCCUUGAUCUUCAUUACAUAAACCAUGUUGACAUCAUACUUUUAGAAUUCCAAAGACAUUUUCCAUCAGUCAUUGUGUUUUUUAAGUUGAGCUGCUUCUUUGACAUAUUUCUUUCUCAACUUCAUCUGCAUCUUGGAACAAUGCAGCACCUCAGAUUUAUCAAGUUACUGUUGUUUCUUGCCUGUCAAU